CGGACCGGUCGUGUUUUAAGUAAUUUCAAAGCUUUCCGAUUUCGAGCUUGUUCGUCUAGUUUAUAAUGAAGUGUUCAAUAAUUAUUUAUAAUUUAAAUUUAAAUACUUAAACUCAUAACGGUUCUAUUAAACAGUGAUUGUGAUAUAGUGAAUAAACAUUAAGUUAUGUAUUUGUCGUUGAACCGUCAAUGGUAACGGUAAACUUGUGUCAAUAUCGUUAAUUUAACUAAGUUCGUGACAGUGUUUAUGUCGUCGGGAUGUUACAAAGUAUUUAGUAACUUGGAAGAUAUACAGAAGCGGCUUGGCGCGGCGUAGCGGGCGGGCCGCGCCAUGGGUAACAAGUGCUGCAGCCGCCGUCACGACCCCGACAGACCCUUAGUAUAUCCAGCAUACAAGAAGAACGAAGCAGGGUUUACAACAUGUCCGUCACUAGAGACGAGGUAUACGGGCGAACCAAACAACCGCGCUGUAUCACGCAGACCAGCGGACAUCGUGCGCACUCGCAACCCUGGAGCGUGUAUAUCAAAUGGCGGACGACGUGUCGUGAAAGCGCUAUGCGCCUACACGGCUCGCGCGGAAUCGGACAUAUCGUUUCGCAAAGGAGACCGUAUGGAGGUCCUGAGCGAUGCGGAAACGGAUUGGUGGAGAGUUUUACAUCUUACCACGAGAAGAGAAGGUCUAGUGCCGGCUAACUUUGUCGCAGAGGAGAGUUCUGUAGAAUGCGAGGAUUGGUUCUUUCCGCACGUGUCGAGAAAAGAAGCUGAUAAACUACUACUAGCGGAGAUCAACCCUCGGGGAACGUUCCUUGUUAGACCAGCAGAACACAAUCCACAUGGAUUCAGCCUUAGUGUCAAAGAUUGGGAAGAAGGGAGAGGGUACCAUGUGAAGCACUAUAAAAUUAAACCUCUCGACAAUGGGGGUUUCUACAUAGCAACCAAUCAGACUUUCCCGAGUUUGCCAGCACUGGUCAUGUCUUAUACAAAAAACGCGCUAGGUCUUUGCCACGUGCUUGCCCGUCCUUGUCCGAAACCAGAACCGCAGAUGUGGGACCUCGGACCAGAACUGCGGGAUAAAUGGGAAAUUCCCAGGAGUCAGAUACAGCUAAUCAAGAAACUCGGUCAGGGUAAUUUCGGGGAGGUGUAUUAUGGAAAAUGGUGCAACAAUAUUGAGGUGGCUGUAAAAACAUUGAGGGAAGGCACGAUGUCCAAACAGGCCUUCCUCCAAGAAGCGGCCAUCAUGAAGAAGUUCCGUCACAAACGUCUCGUCGCACUUUAUGCGGUGUGCUCGCAGCAGGAACCCGUUUAUAUCGUCCAGGAAUACAUGUGCAAAGGAUCUCUACUAGAGUUCCUAAGAAAUGGAGAAGGAAAGUCCCUCCAUUUCGAGGACUUAAUCUAUAUUGCGGCUCAAGUAGCUUCCGGCAUGGAGUACCUAGAAUCCAAACUGUUGAUACACAGAGACUUAGCGGCAAGGAACGUAUUAAUAGGUGAAAAUAACGUAGCCAAAAUAUGUGACUUCGGUUUAGCUAGAGUGAUCGAAGACAAUGAAUAUUGCCCGAAACAAGGAUCCCGGUUUCCUGUGAAAUGGACCGCACCGGAGGCGAUAAUAUACGGACGUUUCUCUAUCAAAAGUGACGUUUGGUCGUAUGGUAUAUUAUUGAUGGAGCUGUUCACCUAUGGACAGAUACCGUACCCGGGUCUUCACGGAAAAGAAGUCAUCGAGCAAGUAGAGCGAGGGUACAGAAUGCCGAAACCGGUCGGUCACUACUUGCCCGACGACAUCUAUAGACUGAUGCUUCAAUGUUGGGACGCGAUUCCAGAAAAGCGACCGACUUUCGAAUUCCUCAACCACUAUUUCGAAUCGUUCACAGUGACCAGUGAAAUUCCAUACAGAGAAGUGCAAGACUAGUGCUGUGAUAUAGUGAAAUAGAUUUUUUACGACUUCCAGUUAGGACGUUGCGACUGAAACGCUGUGCGUUUAAGUGAUAGUGUUGAGCCGUUCUAAACAUUCGUUCAUUUAAUACUGUAGACGAAAUAAUUGCUGAACGUUUGUUUUGCUGUUUGAAGUGAUUUAAAGCUGUUGCGUUGCGACUAAGCGACUAUAUCAAAUGUUUAAUCAAAAACAGUUAUUUGUGAAAUUUCAUACUAAACUGAAAAUUAUAUGACAUUUAAUGGUCUAACUGGGAGCAUUGUUGUGUGUGAACAGCGUGAGAUAAUUUUGUGUAGGGUCCUUAGCGAAUAAAUGGAAUUAUGACAAGUGUGUGUGACAAGCAAAUUUAAGUGAUAAAACACUUAAACUCCUACACCAACAUUUUGAUAAGUGUAGCAAGCAAUAGUUGCACCACACACACUUUCGUAUUUUCUAAUUUUAGUAUUUUUAUACUCAAAGCGUUACUAAACUAUACAGGAAAGUGUGAGCUUGUCGUUUUUAUUCAUCGGCUUUUCAUAUGAUUUGUAGUUAUGAAAAUGAAUAAAGAUGUCGACUGUAGCGCCUAAGUCGAAUCAAUCACGGAUCUAUGUCCUUGGCAAAGUUAAAUCUAAGUGACUAAUAACACCUAUUUUCUUAUUUAUUAGCAGUAGCUUAAGCACAUUUAGCGUAUUAUUUUGCAUCUGUACAAAAUUGUUCACUAUUAUAAGCAAUAAUGUUAAAAAUCAAAAUUUAUGGUAACACAGUAUUUUCAUAUUCUAAAUUGAAAUGUGAUAUUUAUCUUAUCACAGUUGAAAAAGUAUCUGUGUCCCUUCGCUACUUUCCAUUUCAUUAAUGGUGCUAAUGCUAAAUUAAUCAGCGUUAAUUUAUCGUUAUUUUUAACAUUACAAUAAUUAUAAUGAAGUAAAAUGUUAUAAACCAACUAUGAUUAUGAAAGACAAGAUAGAUUGAGCAUUUUUUAUUCAGCUGUCAAUCAAAAUCAGAGAGAGACAAAGCGAUCGUGCGCCUUGUAAUUGUCUGCAUAGGAAGGCGUCGCUUUAGACGGUUAAUAAUUUUAUGGCUCAUUCUAUUCUAUCUUGACAGAGUAGUUCACUUGAUGUAAAUUUGUUUGACUUUGUUAUUUGAAGUUAUUAUUGAAAAACUUAAGUAUAUACUUGGAUAUGAUGCAGACAAUCACUUUCAAAUCUGACAUGCUUUGAGUUCUUGGUCAUUAUAUCGUAAAUGUUUCUUUUGGAAGGUGAUAAUUGUUUUUGGAUUGAGGAUUAAUAAAGAUUCAAAAUGAAUUUUUUUGGACAACUUUUUUGGAAUACUUACUUAAUUUGACAGCUAUGAUAAUUUUGUUCUAAUUAUUCAUAAUUUUGCACACAACUUAAAUUGAUGUAUUAUUUCGUAACUAACACCAUAGACAAAAAACAUGUGUAUGAUUUUAAAAACACUGAAACAUAACGAAGGCCGCUUUGAGAUUCUUAUACAGAGAUUAUAUCAAGAAUUUACUUCGACUGAUUUAUUCAAGGCUCCUUUGCGAAGUUAAUUUUUUUUAUCUCAAAUAUCCAUAGAUAAUUCAAAUUCCAUAGAUAAAUAAAACGUCAUAAACAUAUGCAAAGGGGCCAAAAUCCUUCAAGUUAAAAAUAAAUAUAGCUUUAGGACCAUAUACCAAAGAGUUAUUGUACAUUAUGAGCGAAGGAUAGUUUUUAAGAGGGGCAUAUUUAAUUUUUAGCAUAGUUAGAUAUUGUGACCUGUGUAUUAUUAAUUGAUUUGACCAAUAUCCCUAAUUUUGAAAAAUGUAUGAGUAAAUUGUAUAAUAAAUUUAAUUAUAUUUGUUAAUACGACUGAUCACGUAAAUUUACCACAAUACCAUGACUUUAUAGCUAAUUUCGUCGCCUCAUAAAAGUAUUAAAGAUAUGCUUUAAUCACUUAAUCAUUUUCAUCGUCCUAGAAAUUGUAUAAAUCAAUGAAAAAUAGUGUCUUAUAACAUUCCAAGUAAUCAAACACUUUAAAUUUGGACACUUUUGUAUGAAAACGAUUAGAUUUAUAAGAUUUUGUACAUACAAUGAAAUAAA